GAAAGAUGAACCGUCAGGAGUGAGAGCGUUGCCUCAACCAAUUGAUGUCACAUAGCCAAAGGAGUCGCGUGAAACACCAUUUCUGCACACCAGAUCAAUGGUGGUCCAAAUUCAAUCGCUCCCACCUCAAUACCAAUGCCCUGGGUCGGUGAAUGCCGGACCAGCUCUUGAACUCAUUCUCCGACGUCUCAAUCCCCCUACCUGAUACAGAGAUUGAUCUCUACCAUUACGCACGCCACCGGUGUCAUGACUGGACGAUAUAUUCCCCCCGCUCUCCGCGCGAGAGGUGGUCAGGAACUUGACAAGGCCCAAGACAGCGAGCAAGGCUCUGGCUCCACGCCCUCGGGCCCGCGCGGAGGGAACAGUCGACCCCUGGCUACCAGAUCGGACGCUCUUCCGGACGGAGAUCUCUGUUCUUUGAAGGAAAUUGAACGCCAUUUCUGGCCAGACCCGGGACAAGAAACCUCGGAGGCUAAACAGAAGACGUUGCACGAUUCGGCUGCGACGCCCGGAGAGCUAAGUUACGUGCUGCUGUUCAAGGACGCGAACCCGCGGUGGCAGGACGAUGGGAUCAUCUUUACGAAGUCGAGUCUGGAGCUGUUGCCGGCUGAGCUUGCAGAUACGGCCAAGCAGCAGGGUGCUACGGAUGGAACUGCGGCUGAACAUCGCAACACUGGUUCAACCUCCAAUGGCAGCGGUCACAUGAAGAACGGUGGCGACGAGGCAGUUGGACAAGAGCAUGGAGGAGUCAAACAGGACGACAAGUUGGCGUCUGCUCCCCCCACCCAGGCCGACGACUCACAGCAUCUAGGGGAAGGACAACGCCAACGCCCCGUCGCAGUCUUCAGCCAACUCCGCCGCUCUUCCACCGAUUCGUCCCGCCACUUCAACUUCGCGGGCUACUACCGCAUCGUCCACCUGAGUUUCCUCCCACCCCACUCCGCCGAACUGGUGCGCAUGCUGGAGCAGAAGUGGAGCUCGAAGAACCCGCGCACGGGCCAGGUCAGGCAGAGACAGAGAGACGCGAGUGCGUGGCAGGAGUCCCUGAAGAUGCGGUGGGCGGUGGUCAAGUUUGAGAGGGACGAGGAGGCGAUGCAGAGUCUGGGGCCGGUGAAGGUCGAGAGGCUGGAAGAUGACGAUGACGAGGGGGUUCGAGGUGGUGGGGAAAAGAGCGGCAGGAGGAUGAGUGGGCGGGAGAGGAAGGGGGUGAAUGAGUUGUUGCGGGAGCUGAGGAUGGGGUGA